AGGAAAGCACUUUGCAGAUACCUACUCAAUUGCAUGCUUAUCUAUGUCCACUAAUACUUAAACAUAGUCGAUAUCUACCGCUACCAUUGACGUACUGACAUCGAACCAAUUAUUUAUAUCCACAAAUCACGGCACACAUGAUUAACGUUAAAUACCAAAUAUCGAUAGAUAAAGUUUUUAUAAAUAUGAUAAGCUAAGAUGAUAACGCCAUUUGAGUGGUGGGUUCAUUAGUGAGCGGGAACAAUAAUGAUCUCAUGAUGUUGACAUUAAUAAUAGGUUUUAGUAUUUUAGGGCUGUUAGGAACUAGUGCUCAAAUUAUCCAGGAUGGACAGUGUAACCUGGAUAUUGAUUUACAAGCAGGCUUCAAUAUUGACGAUUUCCUUGGCUCCUGGUACGAAGUCUCCAGAACAGACAAUCCCCAGCAAGUCGGAGACUGCUCUCGGCUUAGCCUGACCAGUGCCGACGGCGUGAUUAGCAUCAGUUAUGAAUCCGUGAACCGGAACUUUUAUGAGGAGAUCAAUGGCACCGUCAGCCAGGAAGAGGGAACCGCUAAACUAUCACUUAACUUAAAUGGAUUAUCUGAGCCUGUCGAUUUUUGGGUUCUGAUGACGGAUCAUUCCACUUACGCUCUAGCUUACCAAUGUGUCAACAUUAACGCAAAUCAAAGAGCUGUAUACAUCUGGCAACUGGGCAGAGCUCAAACAUUCACCGAACUGUACCUUGCUCUGAUGAACACUAGGCUGAACAAUCUCCUCGGCAUCACCUUAGCUGAACUAAGAUCAACGGAUUUCGGCGAGGAAGCCUGCUAUGAGCUACCCGUGAUCGAGGAAAACCAACCCAUUCUGCUCCCUGGGCAAUGUGAUGCGAACAUAACCAUUGUAGACUCUUUAGAUGUUGAAAGAUUCACCGGACUGUGGCACGAAAUAUCAAGCUACUACUCUGAAAGCGCCCUUGGAACUUGUGCCAGGGCUCAAUACACCCUGGAAGGUGGCGUGGUCAACGUUGUGAACAGUCAGGUGGUCAACCAGGGACUGGAAACUGUCACGGGAACGGCGACGGUUAUAGAUGCCAAUGGUGGCGGAAAAUUAUCGGUGACUUUGGAGGUAGCUCCUGGUGUAUUUACAGAUCAAGAACUUUGGGUAUUAGCCACAGAUUACUCCGACUAUGCAAUACUUUACAGUUGUAUCGACCAACCGAAUAACCAGAAACGAGUGUACAGUUGGAUAACCAGCCGAACGAGAGUGCAAACCGAUGCCGCCCGGACGGCAGUCACAGGAGUGGUGGACUCGAUUAUGGAUCUAAACAACUUGUAUUACGAACUAACCGAUCAGACGGACGAUGGAUGUUUCUACUACCCUGAACAUGUGAUCGACCAGCCCGUGGUCUUCAGAGGCUCUUGUGAUAUGAGCAUACCUGCUAUGGCUAAUUUUGAUGCUGAUAGAUACAUGGGAUUAUGGCACGAAAUCGAAUCAUAUCCUUCCGUCUUCCAAACUGGCACUUGCAAUAAUGCGAGGUACACACUAGACGAGGAGCUUGGAAGCGUCGAUGUAUUCAAUACUCAAGUUAUUGACCGAGCACUGGAUACCAUUCGCGGAAACGCCACCAUAGCAGCUGAUGCAGAUGGUACUGGAAAGCUGGUUGUUUCGUUUCCAAUUGCUGGAACACCGUUCACAACUUCAACUGACUACUGGGUGUUGGACACCGACUAUGACAACUACGCUUUAGUUUAUACUUGCUACAACAUUGACCCCGACACCAGAGGAGUUUGGAGUUGGAAGCUCAGCCGUUCCAAAGAGCUAUCAGCCGUGGCUAAUACAACAAUCAAUGCAGUUAUUGCUUCAAUACCUGUUUUGGACGAUCGUUAUUACCAAACUAGAGAUCAAAGCACCGAUGGAUGCUUCUACUAUCCCGUACCCGAGCUUGGCGUUCCUGUCGUCUUCCCGGGACAAUGCGAUGACGGGAUCGCUGCUGUUUCUAACUUUAAUUUAGACGAUUUUCAAGGAGUUUGGCACGAAAUUGAAAGUUAUCCGAAGAUCGAACAAAGAGGAGAGUGUAUCAGUCAUGAUUUUACACAAGGCACGGGUACAACAUUAAAUCUUCAGUCUUCACAAAUUAUUGACCAAUUCCUAUCAAUUUCUUCAGGAAAUGUAACUUUUACUUCAACUGAUGGAAGUGCCAGAUUGGUAAUAACUAUCGUCUCAGAUGGUCAAGUUAUCGAAGUUCCUUAUUGGAUUAUAAACACUGAUUACACUGGCCAUGCAUUGGCUUACAGCUGUGUGAACCUCGAUAGCGAUUACAGAGGAAUAUGGAGCUGGAAGCUUAGCAGAACAAAAGAGCUCUCUUCAUCGGCUAGCACGAUCAUCGAUGAAGCUAUUUCAAACAUUGACGUGCUCGGCAACGAGUACUAUGAGCACGUGGACCAAUCAGAUCCAGCCUGCUUCUACUUGCCUGAUCUGGAGCCUGGGGAGCCUGUUGUGAUCGUUGGACAGUGCCAGGCUAAUAUUCCUGUUGUACAGAACUUUAACGCUGAUAUGUUCGCUGGCCGCUGGCGUCUAAUAGAAAGCUACCCGGUCAACUCCUCGACCGGAACAUGUGACGACACGACAUACACAGUUGACGGAGAUUAUCUGCGUGUAGUCCACACUCAGGUCAUCAACGAACGACUGAACACCAGCCAAGGGUACGCAAAUCUAGUGGCAAUUGGCAAUGAAGGGAAAUUCUUAGUUACUUAUACUGGUGCUGAUCCGGUUGAAUAUUGGGUACUCGAUACGGACUACAACUCAUUUGCCAUCAUGUACGCCUGUGAAAAUAUAGACAGCGAAUGGAGACGAGUAUGGAGUUGGAAGAUGAGUCGCACCACAGAACUGACGGAGGCAGCUGUGACUAGCAUCAACCAGAUAAUCGAUAGCGUCGACGUCCUAAACAACCGCUACUACCAAGAGGUCGAUAAUACUGCCGCCGGCUGUUUCUACUACCCCUACGCCGAUGGCAACCCCGUCGUGUUCAGGGGCCAGUGCAAUGAGAGCAUUCCUGUUGUAACUAGUUUCAAUAUUGAUAGGUACAUGGGUCUUUGGUACGAUAUCGCGAGCUAUCCUCAAGAGUUCCAAGACGGAACCUGCGCAACUGCCACCUACACGCGUAACGGUGUCGUGGAGGUAUACAACACUCAAGUCGUCAAUGAAACUUUGGACUACAUCUAUGGAAGCGCUGUGGCCGACAACGACGAUGGGUUAGCUAAGUUGCUUGUGACUUUUCCUAUAGCUGGAACUAACUUUUCUAUUACCUCUCAGUACUGGGUGUUGGAUACGGAUUAUGAUAAUUACGCAUUAGUCUACGCGUGUGUCAACCUCAGUGCCGACUCUCGCAGAGUAUCAAGCUGGAAGCUCAGCAGACAGAAGACCAUAUCAGAAGCAUCAGAGACUGCAAUCAGCGCAGUAUUAGACAGCGUCCAAGUACUCAGCCAGGAAUAUUUCGUGACAAGAGACCACACUGAUGAUGGGUGCUUCUACUACCCUGAACCGGAGGCAGGCAAGCCUGUGGAGUUCCCGGGACAGUGCGAUGAGAGUAUCCUAGCUGUGCCGGAUUUUAAUUUGGAUCGAUUCUCAGGACUAUGGCACGAAACAGCCGCCUACCCCAAAGUAGAAUCUGAGGGUCAUUGCGUCAACUACGAGUUCACGACUGCGACUGCAGAUUCCUUUAGUCUGUACACAACUCAAGUCAUUGGUCUAGAUCUGGAUGAGGCUAAUGCGACUGUAGUAAGGACGUCUACUGACAACAGCGCUAAAUUCACUGUUACUCUUACCUCUGGUGGCAACAAUACUGAGAUUCUUUAUUGGAUUUUGGCCACUGACUACGACAACUAUGCUCUAGCGUACAGCUGCAUGAACAUCGACGCUAACUAUAGAGAAGUAUAUAGUUGGAAAUUAAGCCGCACUAAGGAAAUGUCAGAAGUAUCAGAAAACGCCAUUAGCGCGGCCAUGUCAGGCAUUCAAGUCGUAGACGAGCGCUACUACGAAUCGACCAGCCAAAGCGAUGAUUCCUGCUUCUACCUGCCCGUGCUGGCCCCUGAAGACCCCGUGGUCUUCGUUGGACAAUGCGACCCUAACAUUCAAGUCGUUCAGAAUUUCGAUCCAAUGAAGUACGAAGGUCGCUGGCGCCUCAUCGAGAGCUACGCUUCAGAAUUCCAAACUGGCACCUGUAACGACGCCACGUACACCAUUCAGAACGAUGGCUCCGUCUUAGUUUACAACACGCAAGUCAUCAACGAGGCUCUGGACACUAUCACCGGUUCAGCUGUACUAGCCACUGCUGACGGUUCUGGAAAGCUACUUGUGACCUUCCCUGGAGCGCUUGAACCCGUGGAGUACUGGAUUUUGGACACCGACUAUGAUUCAUACGCGUUAGUGUACAGUUGCGUCAAUCUGAAUAGCGAUCAAAGGCGAGUAUGGAGUUGGAAGAUGAGUCGCACUACAGAACUGACGGAAGCAGCUGUGACUAGCAUCAACCAGAUAAUCGAUAGCGUCGACGUCCUGAACAACCGUUACUACAAAGAGGUCGAUAAUACUGCCGCCGGCUGUUUCUACUACCCCUACGCCGAUGGCAACCCCGUCGUGUUUAGAGGCCAGUGCAAUGAGAGCAUUCCUGUUGUGACUGGUUUCAAUAUUGAUAGGUACAUGGGUCUUUGGUACGAUAUCGAGAGCUAUCCUCAAGAGUUUCAAGACGGAACCUGCGCAACUGCCACCUACACGCGUAACGGUGUCGUGGAGGUAUACAACACUCAAGUCGUCAAUGAAACUUUGGACUACAUCUAUGGAAGCGCUGUGGCCGACAACGACGAUGGGUUAGCUAAGUUGCUUGUGACUUUCCCUAUCGCUGGAGCUGACUUUUCUAUUACCUCUCAGUACUGGGUGUUGGAUACGGAUUAUGAUAACUAUGCAGUAGUCUACGCUUGUGUCAACCUCAGUGCCGACUCUCGCCGAGUAUCAAGCUGGAAGCUCAGUAGACAGAGGACCAUGUCAGCGGCAUCAGAAACUGCAAUCAGCGCAGUAUUAGACAGCGUCCAGGUUCUCAGCCAGGAAUAUUUCGUGACAAGAGACCACACUGAUGAUGGGUGCUUCUACUACCCUGAACCGGAGGCAGGCAAGCCUGUGGUGUUCCCGGGACAGUGCGAUGAGAGUAUCCAAGCGGAGCCGGAAUUUAAUCUGGAUCGAUUCUCGGGACUAUGGCACGAAACAGCCGCCUAUCCCAAAGUAGAAUCUGAGGCUCAUUGCGUCAACUACGAGUUCACGACUGCGACUGCAGAUUCCUUCAGUCUGUACACAACUCAAGUCAUUGGUCUAGAUCUGGAUGAAACUAACGCGACUGUAGUAAGGACGUCUACUGACAACAGCGCUAAAUUAACUAUUACUCUUACAUCUGAUGGCAACAAUACUGAGAUUCCUUUUUGGAUUUUGGCAACUGACUACGACACCUAUGCUCUAGCGUAUAGCUGCAAGAACAUCGAUUCUAACUAUAGAGAAGUAUACAGUUGGAAAUUAAGCCGCACUAAGGAAAUGUCAGGAGCAUCAGAAAACGCCAUUAGCGCGGCCAUGUCGAGCAUUCAAGUCGUAGACGAGCGCUAUUACGAAUCGACCAGCCAAAGCGAUGAUUCCUGCUUCUACCUGCCCGUGCUGGCCCCUGAAGACCCCGUGGUCUUCGUUGGACAAUGCGACCCUAAUAUUGAAGUCGUUCAGAAUUUCGAUCUGACGAAGUAUGAAGGUCGCUGGCGCCUCAUCCAGAGCUAUGCUUCAGAAUUCCAAGAUGGCACCUGCAAUGAAGCCACGUACACCAUUCAGAACGAUGGCUCCGUCUUAGUUUACAACACGCAAGUCACCGACGAGGCCUUGGAUACUAUCACCGGUUCAGCUGUGCUAGCCACCGUUGACGGCUCUGGAAAGCUACUUGUGACCUUCUCUGGAGCGCUGGAACCCGUGGAGUACUGGAUUUUGGAUACAGACUAUGAGUCAUACGCGUUGGUUUACAGUUGCGUCAACCUGAACAGCGAUCAAAGAAGAGUAUGGAGUUGGAAACUCAGCCGAACCACCAGCCUGACCGACGCCGCCGUAGCCGCGAUCGAGCAUAUCGUCGGCUCCGUAAACGUUCUCGACGACCGCUACUACUCGACGAUGGACCACUCGGCCGCCGGUUGCUUCUACUUCCCGGUGCCCGACGGCAAGCCGGUGACGUUCCGUGGCGAGUGUGAUGACAGCGUCAGGGUUGUUGAAAACUUCGACAUAGAGAGGUAUAUGGGCCUCUGGUAUGACAUCGAGAGCUACCCUCAGGCGUUCCAAGAUGGCACGUGUGCCACAGCCACCUACACUCUCACAGGCGAUGGUGUGCUUGUGUACAACACACAAGUCGUCGAGCAACUACUCGACAACGUGAACGCUACCGCUGUGCCCGCGGCCGACGACGGCCUCGCGAAGUUCAUCGUCACCUUCCCUGUACCUGGUACUGACUUGACAGUGAACGUACCAUAUUGGGUGUUGGAUACUGACUACGACAACUAUGCUCUCGUCUACUCUUGCAGCCAAAUAAAUGAUGAAUACAGAAGUGUAUCCAGUUGGAAACUCAGCCGCUCACAAGAACUAACACCGGCUGCCCAGACUACCAUUAACGCUGUAAUAGACAACGUUCAAGUGCUAGACAACCUGUACUACAGCCCGCGAGGGCACACUGAAGAAGAGUGUUUCUAUUACCCUGACAACUUCGGGGGACCGGUAUUACUGAACGGACAGUGCGAGGCACAAAAUGUUGUACAAAACUUUAAUCUCAAUUUGUUCGCUGGCACAUGGCACGAAACAGCACGCUUCCCAUCUGACGAACAAACCGGUGAAUGCGCCACCAACGAGUUUGUGAUCAACCAGAACUCCUUCGUAUUGACUCAGACCAUAGUGUAUAAUGAAAGACUGACCACGGUGUCUGGACCGGCGGUAGUAGCGAGCGAUGGAAAUGGUAUUAUUACUGCUACAUUACAGAAUGAUGAAGGAGUCUCCGUUGAAGUUACGCUUUACGUCUUGGACACUGACUACACGGAAUACGCGUUGUUAUUUAGUUGUGUGGAUGUAGACGACACCAGCAAACAAAUUUACAGUUGGAAAAUGAGCCGCUCCAGAUCUGGUCUUUCUCAAUUAGCCAACGACGCCAUAGACGAAGUGGUUAAUAACAACGUGGACCUCCACGAAAAUUACUACGAAAGCACUGAUCAGAGCAAUGAUGGAUGUUUCCACUAUCCAGUCUUUGACGAACCUCCUUCAGCUAUCGUGUUACCAGGUCCUUGCGAUGAUAGGAUUCAAGCCAAAGCCAACUUUGAAGUGAAUGCUUACCUCGGAAGAUGGUUCGAAGUAUCCAAAUACCCGCAAAGGGAUCAAGUUGGUGAAUGCUCCCGAGCGCACUACAGUCCUGGACAAGGUGAUGCCCCCGUUGACGUGAGGAACACCAUCGUCUACAACCAGACCCUGGAGACCAGGGAGGGAUCCGCAGUGCCACACAGCACUGAUGGAAGCGGUCUUUUGUGGAUCACGUUCGUUCUUGAUGACGGAGUGGUGGUGGAAUCUAACUACUAUGUUCUGGAAACCGACUACACAAGUUUCGCCCUCGUAUACAGCUGCAGGGACUUAGACAAUGGCGACAGUGAAGUAUACAGUUGGAAGCUCAGCAGAGAGCCGACGCUCAGCGACGCAGCCAACAACAUUAUCGAUGAGGUCAUAAGAAACACAAGAGGUCUGUUAGAAGAAUACUACGUACCGACCAGCCAAAGUGAUGAGGACUGCUUCUACGUGCCCGAACUGAAUGAAAAUUCUGCAUUAGACUUUAGGGGACAGUGUGAAAAUGUCUCCGGUGUAGAAGGUUUUGAUGUGUCUCAGUACGCGGGCUGGUGGCACGAGAUUGAGCGGUUCCCCACGGACGGCAACCCUGGCAAUUGUACCAGCUCUCAAUACACCAGCGUCGGCAACACCAUUCAUGUGGUCGAUACCAGAGUGUUCGACCUCGCGGGACAGAUCACCACCGGCACCGUUGUAGCUAGCAGCAAUGGCGUUCUGACUAGGACCCUGAGCAAUGGACAAGUCGAAGAAUUGGUUGUUUUGGGAACGGAUUACGAGACGUAUUCGCUGUUGUACUCCUGUUCCAAUAAGGAAGAUGGAGAAUAUAGGCGAGUAUGGAGCGCCAAACACAGCAAACAACAAGAACUGACAGAAGCAGCUGAAAACGCGUUUGCGCCUAUAAUUGAAGGCAACCAAGUGCUAUACCCGCAAUUCUACCUGACGGUUGAUCAGUCUGACGACGCUUGCUUCCAUUAUCCUGAACCGACGGGCGAAAAGGUCAAACUUCGCGGACAGUGUGAUGAUGACAUACCAACUGUUCAGGACUUUGACGUGCCUGCGUACACCGGCGACUGGUACCUCAUCGAACAAUAUCCUAAUCCUCACGUCUCUGAUGACGGCACGUGCGUUGGCGCUCGCUACACGUACGACUUUGAGACUGAAGAGAUCUCGAUUCUCCACUGGGAGGUCGUGGGAGGAAACCUUACCUCGAUUAAUGGUACCGCGAGUACUGAUGGCGCGAAGAUGAUUAUAACAAUGGCGGUUGCGGACAGCGAUGACACUACAACAAUAGAGUUGAAAAUCUUGCAGACGGACUACGCUUCUUACUCCUUGGCUUACACUUGCACUAACGUUAACCAGUUCCAACGCGAAGUGACUGCCUUCAAGUUCAGCAGAACGCGCUCGCUGCCAGCGAGCGCUGUGACUGCCAUCACCUCUUAUAUGGCGACACGACAAGAGCUUCACCAACAGUACUUCACCUCGGUAGAACAAAACGAAGACUGCCUGGAACCCAGCUCCGCGCUUUUGGUCCGCGGCAGUUUUAUGGUUUUACUAGUUUGCGCUAUUUUGAAAAUGUUCAUGUAAUUUAUAAGUGGGAGAAAAAGAGUUCAUUCACAUCCAAAGUCGUGUACUUACGUCACUUUUGUAAAUGGCGCAUCUGGAGCAUGGCCGUGUAACCGCAACCAUAACAUCCAACUUUUUUAUUGAUAAGCAAUUAUUAUAAUGAAAUUCGUAAAAUGUGGUUUAGUAGUCAGCAUCAAAUAGAUGGGUGACGGCAAAAGUGGCCAAAUACAUCGAAACACUUAUUUUUACUGUAACGCACCUUUUACGAUAUAUUUGGCCACUUUAGCCGUUCACUUUUUGGAGCUGACUGUAGUCAGCUGCAG